CAUACUUGUCGCUACCCUUACAAAAAAACAAAACAUUUUUAUAUGAGACGACAACGAAGCAAGUCAAAUCAUUGGGUAGCGCUUUCAACCAAGCCAUUGCUGUCGGCUAGUGUACUUGUUGUGACAGGAUGGAUCCAAGUCAGACUGGGUAUAGGUUAGAUUGGAGGCUACCAAUACCACCGGCUCACCCUGCAACUAGACCGGCAUAUCAUAAUGAAGUAGGACAAGAUUUGAGGUCCUCAUUACCAUAUGGUGUUGACUGUAUGUUCCAUUGUGGGGGUUGUGCUGCUAUGUAUCCAAUGAUAUGGCAGCUCCACGAGCAUUUACAGCUUCAUGCUACUGGCGGGUCUUAUCAUUACAACCAUCAUACACGCACAGCUUUUCCAAAAUAUGACACCACGUGCCAUGAAACACAGACUGAUCUCGAAAGUUACGAGAAGGAGAGUAAAGUAACAAAUCUUGUGUGCACUGAAACACAAACUGAAGAGACACUGACAAAUGUUUUCUCUAGACGAGAUUACACUGAAGAUUCUAAUGAUGAUGAAGAAAAAAAUACUGGCGUAAACAUAAUAGUUAAGGUAGAGACACCAGAGUUUCAAGCAGAUAGUGAAUUUUCAAAGACUAAUGAAGGCUCUGACAAUGAAGUUAAAAUUCCGAUAUUAACGCCCGACGAUCCUUACUCUGGCGACACUGACGAGGGCUCAAAUCUCUGGUAUCCAGAGACCUAUGAUGAUGAUGAAGAUGCUUCAACAGAUAAGACAAAAAAUGGAGAAACGAAGGACUUGGUGAAAAACAUGAUAAAGAAUAUUAAAGGUUUUGGAAAUUCCAAAUCGAUUAAAAAAACUGUCAAAGAAAGAAAAGAAAUAGGAAAGAAGAAAAAGCAUUCUUUAAAAUCAAACAAAAAAGAUUUGCGAAAAAGUGGUCAAAGAAAACAGAAAAAGAUUGAUUAUGCGACUGUGAAAAAACCUCCUAUAAAGUGCAAAUAUUGCAAUGAGUAUUUUGCGAAUAGUUUGCACGUGAAACGGCACUGUUUGAAAGAGCAUCCAUCGGAAAAAAAUUAUAAAUGUAGGUAUUGUGAAGAAGCCUUCGUGACUGAAGCAGAAAUACAGAAACAUCGGAAAAAACAUUUACGUGAGAAGUACGAGUGUCACAUUUGUAAAAAGCAUUUGUCAUCCACACAGAAUCUUCAGGAUCAUAUAACUAUGCACACGGGUGAAAAAAUGUUUGAAUGUAAAGAUUGUGGGACAUACUUUAGGAGUAGAAGUCAGUUGAGUUUACAUGCUAGCAGAAGACAUAAUCCAAACUUCGAUCACAUGUGUGAAAAUUGUGGUCGUGUGUUCAAGUGCCGCCAGAAUUUAAAAGGCCAUAUAAAAAUUUGUUUGGAUAUCAGACCUUUCCGUUGUGAAAUUUGUGGAAAGAGAUUUCCACGGAACACAAAUUUGAAUGUGCAUAUGCGUAAACACACUGGGGAGAAGCCAUUUGUAUGUCAUACAUGUGGUAUGAAGUUCAUGCAUUCUAACACACUGACCAAACAUAUGCUGGUGCAUACAGGAGAGAGAAAAUAUAGCUGUGAUCUAUGUGGCAUGAAAUUCAAAGCCCACAAUGCACUGAAGGAUCAUAUUCGUAUCCACAACCAGGAGAAGCGAUUUACCUGCCAGUAUUGUGGGAAAGGGUUUAUCAAGAAGUGUAACAUGGUCACACAUAUCAGACAGCAUACUGGAGAGACCCCGUACAAGUGCCAUAUUUGUGGACAGGGAUACAAGCAGAAUGUGUUACUCAGAACUCACAUGCAGACACAUAAAAAUGAGCCACCAAAUCUUCAGUCGAGCUCACAUCAACCAGUGUCUCCACCACAACAGCAGCAUAUCAUGUCUACACCACAGCAUUCACAGUCUAUGUCUCUAUCAACCAUAUCACAGUCCAUGCCGCACCAGGAUAUGUCCCAUCCUGUAACGCUUUCCACACCCUACCAGGAUAUGUCCCGCCCCAUAACACAGUCGACACAGCACCAGGAUAUAUGCAAGUCAGUUCAGCCUACUAGAUCUCUGCAGCAGUUAGAAUCGAUUCAAGCACAUUCACAACCCCCGGAAUCCACUGAGGGUUAUACUGGUUACAUGAUGACAAGGAUGUAAAUUACUAUUUACAUAACAAUGUGACAGUAUGCUGAUAAAUGUUUGUAUUUACCAAAUGGCAGUAUGUAUGAUCAUAGGAUCAUUUUAAACUCCACUAUUCAAAGAACAGGCAGAGCUAUUACACUCACUGGUUUGUUUGCAUCAACUUUGGUGUCCACAUACCGAUUGGGUUAAUUUUUUUAUGACUUUAGAGUGUCAGUGCAUAAAGGAUACCUCGUUGCACAAUAUUCUUUACUGAGUGCUUCAAAGCCUUGCAACUAAAAUUAAGUUAGUAAGUAAAGGUAUACUAGGCCCAAAUUACAUAUUUUGAAAACAUGAACAAAUCCUACAUAUAGUUUAUGUAAACAUAAAAUUUACAUGUUAACAGUACUAUGCAUUAAGUCUGUAUACAUGUAUAGCUGUACACAGUAUAAAUGUGUACUACGCUAAAAAACUGGAAGUUUUUUUUAAACAAUCGACUAUUAAUGCAUGACAUUUAGUUAUGAAUGUAGCUCUGCAUACACAGUUGAUUUAUAUUUUUAGUAAAGUUAAAUAUAUUUGAUGAGGAUUUUCUACAUUUUUAAUAAAUACCUAACUUGUUGAGACUCUUGCUUCAUGGAACUUACUAGGUAACUUUUAGGAAAGCAUUAAUUCUUCCAGAUUGAAUAUACACCACAUUGAAUGUACACUGUUAAACCUUGGUCAGGGCAUUGAAUUCUUAAUAUGAGGAAGUCAUCCAGCUAGCUUAAGGAGGGUCGGUGGUUCUGCCCUGGUGCCGACUGGUUAUGAAAUAAUGUACGGAGGGGCACCUUGGGUCUUCCUUUACCAUCAAAAGCCUGGAAUUGCCAUAAUAUUAUGAAUUGUAACUUUGUAACAAAAACAAAUAUACAGUCAAUGUGUGAGUACGUCCGAUAGGUGUGAAUUUAUGUUUGUUUAUCUUUAAUAGAAUGACACCAUGCACAAUUCAAAUGGAUUGAAACUUCACACACUUAUUCUCUUUGAUAGGCUUUCAUGCAGUACACAGAUUCCAAGCUACUUUGCAUUUUUACAAAAUUAUGCCUCGCACCAUCUGGUUAAGUUGUUUUAUGUAAGCUGGUAUCUUAGUUUUACUCAGUCAUGUUGCAGAGUGAAAAAGUUUGCAUAAAUCAUGUUGCAGAAUAAAGGUUAAAGUUUGCAUAAAUGAUUUUACAGAAUAUAGGUUUAAGUUUACAUUAAUUGUGAAUGAUGGUACAGAUGAAAUUUUUACAGUUUACAUAAAUCAUGUUGCAGAAUGUCAACUGCUUUGUUUUAACGUGACUGUCUGUGUUGAAUUUAAAUAAUUCAAUUUUAUAGAUAUAUGUUAAAAUGAUUUUAUACUUUAUGUAAACAUUUAUUACAUCACCGAAAAUAUGUUAUGCUUUGAGUAUGGGUUUUUGUAAGUUUUUAUCCUAGACAAAAUUUUAAGUAUCUAUACACAUUAAUCAUGUGCCAGGGGAGCGGUGGUCUAGUUGUUAAGGUGUUGGCCGCUCAACCCGGAGGUCGUGGGUUUGAGCUCCACUGGGGUCACAACCAUGACUUCUCAUAUGACACCAGUACUGGUUUUUCCAGGAAACGGACUCGAGAGUGGUUCCAAUAAGGUCAAAGCUUUCAUAACAAUCGAGCUAAAAUAUGUGAUAAAUACAGAUAUACUGCAUACACAGACGUCAUCAGCCGAGUUCCAUCCGUCAACAGGUGUUUCGCCCCUUAACUCGGAACACCCUCUUGAUGGUGGGGCAGGUAGGGCGAUCAACCCCUACCCCGUCUGUGUUGGCUUCCAGCAUGUAUUGCUACGCUGUAGCCAAAGCCAACAUGAGGCUCUCUCAGCAGCUUUGCUGAGGACAUGGACUGAUGUCUUCCUUGUUGCUCCUUUGAUGCCCAAUGCCCCAAGCAUUCUCCACACUGAACUGGAUGGGAAGCCGCGGCAUCCUACUUCUACAGGGAAGACCCAUGUUUUCCAACCGUUCCCUCUGCAUGUGUUGGCUAGCUCUUCGUACUUUUCCCUCUUUAACUCAUUCGACUCUUCAACUCUCUCUUCCCAAGGCACUGUUAACUCCACCAUAAUUACUGUCUUUGGAUUUCUGGACCAAAUAACGAUGUCAGGUCUGAGAGUUGUGUGGGCGAUUUCUUCAGGAAAUUGUAACUUCUUUCCUAGAUCUGCCCGCAGGUCCCAGCUUUUAGAGUUCUGCAAGAUACCUCUCUCUACUGUGGACACAGGUUUCUUCUCUCCUUCUCUAACAAAGUUGAUUAAAUGGCUUUUUGGAAUCAGAGGUUUAACUUUCCUUCUUUCCUUUUCAAGGACAUGUGCCAAUUCGCCGAGGACCUUGUCAUGCCGCAAUCUGUACCGCCCCUGAGACAAAGCGGUAGGGCAGCCUGAUAGAAUAUGGCGCAACGACCCUUUCUUCUCACAAAGUGGACAGGUUUGGUCUUCUGUCAGCUUCCACUGGUACAAAUUUGUUGGUGUUGGGAGCAUGUCAUAUACUGAACGUAGGAGAAAGCUUAGCUGGAGUGGUUCGUAAGUCCACAACUCGUUCCAAGUGAGUUUCCUCUCUGGUACUGUCCAUUUUGUCCAGUUGCCUUGACUACCAAACUGAACUGCCUUUGCUGACCUUUCUUGCUCCUCAGACCGUCUAAUCUCUGACUGUACCAUAGAUCUUCUCUCUUGAAGGUUAGCGUCCGCCCAACUUUGAUGGCUUCUUGUACCUAGACCUUCUCUUCCUCUGUUCGUAGAGCCAACAAUGUCUUGGUGUUUGAGACUACUUUCAGCCCUUUCAACUUCAUGGCUUACUGACCACUUUCUACCAGUUCGGAUGUCUAUGCCUGCACCACUGAUCUUGUUAUCAGUAAAAUAGUGUAAACUUAUCAUGUGACAGAAUUUAAGUAAAUGUACAUAUCUAUCUUUUGAAAAAUCUAGAUAAUAUGAAACACAAGUAAUGAAAUCAUGGACAACUCCCAUUAUCUCUUACAGUGAAAGCCAACAAUUCAUUUGCAGCAAUUAUUUUGGCAAAAUAUACUCGUCAGAAAUAAAGGGAUUAUUUCAUUGAAAUAGAAUAUAUGUUAUAUAGGAAUUUUGCAUUUGUAAUGCUGCAUUUUUGUUGCAUUUUCUUGUUGUUCUGUUGCUUGAUAGAUUCUGUUAGUGACUUACUAACAGAUGGCUGUAUAUAAGAGAUAUAUUACAGGAAAGUGUCCCUUAUUUUCGUUGAUCUUUUAAUUGUCUCCUACCGUCUGAAAAAGCUUAUGCUUUUAACUGAACUGCUAUUUGGUUCCAUAAUGUUCAAUUGUCUGCCAUUAAUUAUAGCAUUUUUUGCUUCUUUUUGUUACAAAUUUUGUCUUAGUUCCGCAAAGAACAUUAAAAUGAAGAUGAUCAAAUUUUAUAAAUUUCUUUAUUUAUAUCUGUUUACUGCAAAUACUGUAUCCAUAGUAACUGCUUUACUUCUAUUGUCCUUGUAAGGUGGUGUUUUGCAUUUAUACAUGUGCUUAAAAAUGCUACAAUGUAUCUUUGUUUGAGAGUCAGAGUUGGGGAAACUUUCUUUAAUGAUUUGGAGAAUGUCUCCUGCAUAUACUGUGAUCUUUAAACUCACCAGUUCUUGGUGAGAGCAGAGUUUGGCAGAGCGUUGUAUUUUUAUUAUUCAACUUGUUUAAAAAAAUCAGCUUGAAAAAAAAUUCCUGAUACGUAAGCUGUAUGUUUUAUAGGACUUUAUAAGCUUCAUAUGUAUUGGUAAGUGUGUAAAGAUGAUGGAUAGAAUUGUUGUUUGCUUUUACUGCCAUGUUGCAAAUUUAUACAAUAAUAUAACUUAUCACUGAACUUUUACCAAUAUUUUUGACUGAUAUAUUAACCUUUAGCCUGCUAACAGCAAGUGAUUCUGCCUUUGCGACCAGUGCAGACCAGGAUCAACCUGCACGUCCCUGCAGGCGGAUCAUGGUUUGCACUGUUCGCUAUUCAGUCAGUAAAUUUUCUGUGAACAUCCCUUCAAAUAAUAAAUGGUACUGCCCAAAUUGAAUGAUGGACCAGUCCAUUUUAGAAAUUUGGCAGGGUAAUGGUCAACUGAUUUGAUGUUUGUAGAACAUUUUCUUGUGUCAUUGGUUAAUGUCUGGCUUUGACUUAUAUACAUGUGAAUUAUAUUUGUUAUCUAAUAUAGUAUUUUAACAUUUUUAGGUAGAUUGACUUUACUUGUUAAUUUUAUAUACUUUAAAUGCAAAGCUAUUGUAUGUUACUUAAGGAGAAAUUUUGGUAUAUUAAAAAGUAUUAUAAAA